ACUUCGACACUUCAACUCACUUUGUCUCUCCCCUUUGUAAUAAUAAACCCAAAAUCACAUAACAAGACACCAAAGUUAAAAAAAAAAAAAAUGGCGGAAGAAUCUUCUACCAUCACCACUCUCUCUCCACCGGAAAAUUCAAACUCUACUCAUGAAGUCUUGGCAACAGAGACUGAAACUCCAAAGAAAACAACUGACACUGAUCCGCCGGAAAAUUCAGUAACCGCGGCGGCUCAGCCUGAAGUAACACCGGAAGAGCACCACCCACCAAAAGUAACGGAAACAGAAACGGCAUCAACGGAGAAGAAAGAGACGUCGCAGAAGGAAGCUGCUGAAGAAGACAAGAGAAUUCCACAGAAUCUUGGCUCGUUCAAAGAAGAGAGCAGCAAACUCUCUGAUCUCUCCAUCUCCGAGAAAAAAUCUCUUGACGAGCUGAAGCCUCUUGUGCGAGAAGCUCUAGACAAUCACCAACUCGGUUCAGUCACUAAACCGGAAGAAGUCACGAUAUGGGGAGUUCCUCUACUCAAAGACGAUAGAAGCGACGUCGUUUUACUUAAGUUCCUACGAGCUAGAGACUUCAAGGUGAAAGAUUCGUUGACCAUGCUCAAGAACACACUCAAGUGGAGAAAGGACUUCAAGAUCGACGAGUUGGUCGAUGAAGACCUCGUGGAUGAUCUUGACAAGGUUGUGUUCAUGCAUGGACACGACAGGGAAGGACACCCGGUGUGUUACAAUGUCUACGGUGAGUUUCAGAACAAGGAGCUUUAUGAAAAGACGUUCUCUGAUGAGGAGAAGAGGAAACAUUUCUUGAGGACAAGGAUUCAGUUCUUGGAGAGGAGUAUAAGGAAGCUAGAUUUCAGCUCCGGUGGGGUUUCCACCAUUUUUCAGAUUAAUGAUAUGAAGAAUUCUCCGGGGUUGGGGAAGAAAGAGCUUAGAUCGGCGACCAAGCAAGCUGUGGAGUUGCUUCAGGACAAUUACCCUGAGUUUGUAUUCAAACAGGCUUUCAUCAAUGUUCCUUGGGGGUACCUUGUGUUUUACACUGUGAUUCCGUUCAUGACACCAAGAUCAAAGAGCAAGUUGGUGUUUGCUGAUCCAUCAAGAUCAGCCGAAACCCUUUUCAAAUACAUUUCACCCGAACAAGUCCCGGUACAAUAUGGAGGAUUGAGUGUAGAUCCAUGUGACUGCAAUCCAGACUUCUCCUUGGAUGAUCCAGCCUCGGAGGUCACUGUUAAGCCAGGAACAAAGCAAACUGUUGAGAUCAUAAUUUAUGAGAAAUGUGAAAUAGUGUGGGAGAUAAGGGUGAUUGGGUGGGAAGUGAGCUACAAGGCAGAGUUUGUACCUGAAGAGAAAGAUGCUUAUAUGGUGGUUGUACAGAAACCAAGGAAGAUGAAACCAGCAGACGAACCGGUGUUAACCCAGAGCUUCAAAGUGAAUGAGCUUGGCAAGGUUUUACUCACAGUAGACAACCCAACUUCUAAGAAGAAGAAGCUCGUUUACAGGUUCAAUGUCAAACCUCUUUGAAGUGAGUGAGAUAUGUCUUAUGUGUUUAUUGUAUGUUUUGGUUUAUCAUAUAUCAUUUGGUGUGUGUGGUUUACACGAUGGAGGUUCUGCAUCUUUUGCUCAUGUAAAAUAAUUUGA